AUGCUUCUGAAACUAGCUUCAGUCCUAUACGCUGUGCUUCUGAAACUAGCUUCAGUCCUAUACGCUGUGCUUCUGAAACUAGCUUCAGUCCUAUACGCUGAUGCUUCUGAAACUAGCUUCAGUCCUAUACGCUGUGCUUCUGAAACUAGCUUCAGUCCUAUACGCUGAUGCUUCUGAAACUAGCUUCAGUCCUAUACGCUGAUGCUUCUGAACUAGCUUCAGUCCUAUACGCUGUGCUUCUGAAACUAGCUUCAGUCCUAUACGCUGUGCUUCUGAAACUAGCUUCAGUCCUAUACGCUGAUGCUUCUGAAACUAGCUUCAGUCCUAUACGCUGA